AUGUCAUAUUAAUAAAAAUUAAGUGGACUUAAAUGUUGGGAUUCUUUUCGUGACUUAACUCUUUAGAAGAUGGAAAUAAUACCAUUUGCUAUUACUGAAUGUCCUGAUUUAUGUUCUUGUCAAAUUUGCAAAAAAAAAUAGCCAGAAAAAGAAGAACCAUAAGAAUAAAAUAAGAAAUCUUAAAAAAUAAUGAAAUAACCAAGAUAAAGAAGAUUUUCAAUAUGUGGAUUUAAAGAUGAUUUGCUUACAAUCUGUCAAAUGUUAUAGAAGUAAGAUGAAGUUGUGAGACCAAUAAAUAUUAAUAUUUUAGAUACAAUUAUUUUGAAAGAAAGAGAAUUUGUAUUAUAUGCAUUUUAUGAUAAUGGUUUCAGAUACAUCAAAAACAAAUCCUUUUUUCAUACAGAUAUGGAAAAAUAACUUUUAGAUAGAAAAAUAGAAUUUGAAGUUAAUCAUUAAAUUAAACAAAUAAAAUCAGGUAUCCAUCCUACAAUAAAAUUAUCUGAGUUAUAUGAAAAUAGUAAUUAAGUAACUACUAAAUUAAAAUAAGUAUUUUAUAGAUUUAAAUCUUAGUAAAUUACUGAUUUAUUGAAUGCUUAAAGUAUUCUAAUGGCAAGAUAUUAGACUGGUGAAACAACCUUAAUUGGAAAAUUUGAAUUACAUUAAUUAUCAGUUUUAUCGAAAACAAAUGUUAUAUUUGAUAACCUACUUCAUUUAUAAUUAUAUCUUUAUAAUGAAAAAACAGCAUUAGAUUUUAUUGAGACAAAUAAAAGAAAUUCUAAAGAUUAUUUUAUUCAUAGAUAUAAAUACAUAAAAGAUAAUUCACUAUUUAGUGAUAUAGUUUGUGAACAAUCAUAUUUAACAGAUCCUUCACUUAGAGGUUAGAGAUUAUGGAAUAAAGAAAAAGAAUAUUCAGAUAAUUUAGAUUUAAAAGAAUAUUUUAAAUAUACAUGCCAUAAAAUAGCUGUUUAUAUAUAAAGUUUUCAUAAAUAAUGUAUUAAUGAGAUGGAAGUACAUUUUAUUGUUAGUAUAACUAAAAAAUAUCCAAGAUUACCCUAAAAAUAUUACAAUUAUUAAUGUAAUUGGAUUAAAAAUGUCAAAAGCAGAAGAAACUUAAUGGGUAAUAAAAACUGGUAGAGUGCUGAGCACAGCAGAGAAAAUACAAAUUAAUGAUGUGGAUUUAAAUGAAAAUAAUAAACCAUAAACAUAAAGAUCCUUAGUUGUUUCUUAAUCAUUAAUACCUUCUACUUAAAAGUAAUAGUUGUUAUUAAUUAUAAAGAGUAAUAGAAAAGAUAAAACCUAUCACUGCUUAAGUAAUAGUUAAUAACAUGUAAAGUACAAGAACAUAAGAUGCAUUUAAAACUCUGAAUCCUUAAACUAACGAAUCUAUUAAUCAAAUAUUAGAAAAUUAGUAGUAUUAAAAAAUGAUUAGGAAUUUUCCAAAAUAAUUAAAGAGAUAUCAAAGUAUGUAGAGAGAUUCACCAAUCAAGUCUAGAAUUGAUGAUUAACCUCUUACAUGCAGUAGAGAUGUUUAAAUAGAUGAUUAUUUAUUGAAAUCAAGAUAGAAAAAGAAAAAAUAAACAAUUAAUUCACCUUUUCUUAGAAGUAUCUCUAGAAGAUUUUUUACUAGAAGAAAUUCUGCUGAUUUUUGUUGA